CUGUCAGGUACGUAUUCAUGAGGUCGUAGUCUCCAGCACAGCAGGUAGAGCAGCAAAUGGUUUGAUCUCGAACUUGCUGUAGCGGUUAGAUUGUCAUGAUGGAGGGUGACAACAAACCAGUCUACGAGCAGAGGUUCAAUGCUGCUGUCAGAGUGAUACAAAAUUUACCUUCAAACGGUUCAUUUCAGCCUUCCAAUGACAUGAUGCUGAAAUUUUAUAGCUACUACAAGCAAGCAACACAAGGCCCCUGCAACAUUCCCCGUCCAGGAUUCUGGGACCCUAUUGGCAAAGCCAAAUGGGAUGCGUGGAAUUCUCUUGGGGAAAUGCCGAAGGAGGAGGCGAUGGCGGCCUAUGUGGAAGAUUUGAAACUGAUUCUGGAAAGUAUGCCUGUAACAAAUGAGGUCGAGGAGCUUCUGCAGGUCAUUGGACCGUUCUAUGAGCUCAUUGAUGAAAAGAAGAAGAUAUUGCAAGUGUCAGAUUUGAGCACAGCCCGCUUGGAAAGAUUUGCUAGGCAACUUGAAAGGUUUGGGAGCAUGCUAACAUCACCACCCAAAAGUGUCACAAAAAGCAUCAUCAGGACGAUGGAGAUGAACGGCAGCCUGGACAGUUACCCCAUCAAAAUAUCAGAAACUCCAAAGACCAAAUCAAUAGACACGGAAGACGGAGAAGAUGAUAAUGAGGAGGAAGAGGAGGAGAAAGAUGAAGAAGAGGAGGUUAAAGAGGUGAAAAAAGCCUCACAACUGAAGAAAAGGGCUUCUGCGGGAAGACCUAAAGGACGGGUAUCUAAUGGGAGUAUCGGCCAACAUAAAGUCCUUGCCAAUGGAACGCAUGGGUCUAAGUCUGAUCUGAACAGGCAGGAGUCAGAAGAAGACUCUAAAAGCUUUAACCAUGAUAGAGACGUCAUAGAGCUGAAUGGACACAUCAAAGGUGAGGAGAAGGACAUUGGGGAAGACGUGUCCAGUUCUCACCAUGUGGCCAGUGAUUCGGACAGCGAGGUGUACUGUGACUCCGUCGACCAGUUUGGUGCAGAAGAGGGAUCUGAGCUACAUGUCAGCCACUCACUGGACGUGGCCGAGGAGAGCCACAGCACACUAUCCCCCACAGGAGAGAUCAGAUCACAAGAGGAACUGCUGGGACAGGAGGAAGGCAUGCAGCACGGCGGAGAAGACGGGCCGAGCAGUAGAGGCGGUUCUCAGAGGCAGGGACUUCCUGUGAAUAGAAGUGGCAGUUCUGUGGUCAGGAGGGGAAGAGGGUCCAGGUCACCUGCCUUUGGCUCGGGGUCAGCGGGACCGCAGCAGGGCAGUGGGGGAGAUGGGGAACGCUCGGGGACGGAUGGAUCGGCAACACAGAAUCUAAAUGAACAGAUAAUCUGUGCUCUGGCCAGACUGCAGGACGACAUGCAGAGCGUGUUAGAGAGGCUACAGACGCUGGAAGCUCUCACAGCCUCGCAGGCCCGAUCCUUAGCGCUGCCAUCAGACUACCUGUCACCACCUGCAAAUAAAACGAAGAAGAAGCCAUCCUGGUGGCCUUUUGAUGUGUCUCCUGGAACUGUGGCCUUUGCUGUCAUCUGGCCGUUUGUGGUGCAGUGGCUCAUCCGUCUGUAUGUGCAGCGCAGGAGAAGAAGAAUCAACUGAAAGGAAUCGACUGAUGGUUCGACACCUCUGCAGACCCAGAGGACAGCCGUGGAGGAGGGUGUUUCUCAGCCUGUCCCGUGAUCUCUAACUCCUGCUUUUGCACUAUGAUGACAACUCUAAGAAUUAGCAAAUGGAAAGACAGAGUGAAUGUACGGCGAUGCAGCUUAUCACAAGCUUUUUUGUGCUAAGUCGGAAAUCCCCAAUUUCAGUAAUUAAAAGUAGAAUUUUCGUGUGUUCUGCGCACAUAGCUGCUAUCUGUCAUUAAUACUGUAGCAAAGUGGAAGAUGCACUGGUGAUUUCUGCUUGAAUAUCUUUGAUUCUUGCCGUGUUUGACAGAAAAGAGCCCAUAUUUGGGGUUUGAACCGUAAUGGGAAUAAAUCAGGACUCCCCAAAUUGUCAGAGGUUGUAUGAGUAAGAUUUUUAAAUGUACAUAAAUAUCUAGACUUGGCGUUUGCUCAAAUGAGCUGUGGUGCUCUUUAAAGCCAUAACGAAAAAAACAUGCAUAUUAAACUGACCCUUUGCUUUGGAAAUCUGAGAAAAGAGUCAGAAGGCAAAUUACGUUCUUCAUCCAUUCAACAUCCCAUCAUGAUGCCUGCAAAGAUCUGACCUAUUUGAUAGGGCUGUGCAAUUAAUCGCAUGCGAUUGUCAUGCGCAUCUCGUCAGUAAAGCCGGUUCCGUGAUUGGUAGUAAAUCGCCAUCACCUGCUUUCAGAUGGAGCGGCAUUUAGAGCCGUAGUUCACUUCAAUUAAGCAAUAUCGCGUUCAUAAUCGCAGAUGAAUCGCAUUCGAUUAUGAACGCGAUAUUGCC